AUGCUUCUCAAGCCUUACCAGUUGGGCACACUGCUCCUUCUGGCGGCUGCCGGCUUCGGCCUCGCCGCCACCGGCGGCGAAGACGGCGUUGAAGGUCAACAGUUCGCCUACAACGGCUUCACGGGCGCGAACCUGACGUUCGAAGGCGCGGCCGUCACGUCAAACGGCCUCCUCGUGCUCACCGACGGUACCAUCCGGAUGAAAGGCCAGGCCUUCCACCCGUCUCCUCUGCCGUUCCACGGCGAGACGAACGGCACAGGCACCGUGCGGUCCUUCUCCACUACUUUUGUCUUCGCCAUCUACGGGGAGUUCGAGACUCUGGGCAGCCAUGGCAUGGCCUUCUUCGUCUCCGCUUCCAGGGAGGUGCUCUCCACUGCGCUGCCAGGCCAGUACUUGGGCCUUCUCAACAGCAGCAACGAUGGCAACCGGACCGCUUGCAUCUUCGCCGUGGAGUUUGACACAUUCCUUAACUCCGAGUUCAGUGACAUCAGUGGCAACCACGUGGGCAUCGACGUUGAUAGCCUGGUAUCGCUCGAUUCCACCGACGCCGGGUACUACGAUGACGGCACUGGGGAGUUCCUGAACCUAAGCCUGGUAAGCAGGAAGGCCAUGCAAGUAUGGGUGGACUACGACAGCACUGCAACGAAGAUCACGGUCACCAUGGCUCCCCUCGGCGUGGCCAGGCCCAAGAAGCCCCUUCUGAAGACCACAGUCGACCUCUCUGGUGUGUUGCAGACCACGGCGUACGUUGGCUUCUCGGCCACAUCGGGGUUGCUGUACGCACGCCACUUCGUCCUCGGCUGGAGCUUCGCGCUGGAUGGGCCAGCACGGGCACUGGACGUCCCGACGCUGCCAGCCUUGCCACGGGCCUGGCCCAAGCCACGGUCCCUGUCCAUAUCAUUGAAGAUAGUUCUGGCCUUAGGAUCGGUGGCGCUGGUUUCAGGAGGCAUCGGAAUCUACAUCUUUGUAAGACGGCGUCUCAAGUACUCUGAGGUGCAUGAGGACUGGGAGGUCCCAUUCGGUCCAAACCGAUUCUCUUACAAGGACUUGUUUCAUGCGACCGGGGGAUUCAGUGACAAGAACCUGCUUGGGAGGGGAGGUUUCGGAAGUGUCUAUAAGGGAGUGCUUCGCAAGCCUGAUAUGGAGGUUGCCGUGAAGAGGAUGUCACACGAUUCAAGGCAAGGGGUAAAGGAGUUCAUUGCUGAGGUGGUGAGCAUUGGUCGUCUUCGGCACCGAAAUCUUGCACAAUUGUUCGGCUACUGCAGGCGUAAGGGUGAGCUUCUCCUGGUCUAUGAGUACAUGGAAAAUGGUAGCCUUGACAAGUACCUACACAAUAGGAAUGACCUAGUUUUGGAUUGGCCUCAAAGGUAUUGGAUCAUCAAAGGUGUGGCCUCAAGCUUGUUCUAUCUCCAUGAGAAAUGGGAGCAUGUCGUUAUUCACCGAGAUAUAAAACCAAGCAAUGUGCUCUUGGAUAGUCAGAUGAAUGGGCGGUUAGGUGAUUUUGGUCUUGCAAGGAUAUACGACCACAAAACUGCCGCUCCAGCCACCCGUGUGGCUGGCACAAUUGGAUAUCUGGCACCAGAACUCGGGCGCACAGGGAAACCAACACCCUUCACCGAUGUAUACGCAUUUGGCAUGUUUGUGCUAGAGGUCACAUGCGGCCGUAAGCCAAUCUUCACCGACAAGCAAAAUAAUCGGGUAUUACUGGUAGAGUGGGUGCUUGAGCACCACCGGGAUGGCUCAAUCCUCGACACGGUAGAUCCACGACUACAAGGGAAAUUCGACAUGGAGGAGGUAACCAUCGUGCUAAAACUUGGUUUGAUAUGCACAUACCCGUUGCCUGAUGUGCGGCCUAUUAUGCGGAAGGUCAUGCACUACCUCGACCAUGGCCAGUCCCCUCCUGAUUUAUCUCCGGCCUACAUGAGCUACAUGGACCUUGUGCAAAACGGAGGGUUGAAUUCAAACAACAUUGACACGCCAAGUUUUGAGCCCAGAAUGAGCGUUGCCACUAUAUCCUCAGCGACAAUUUUGCAAGACGGAAGAUGA